AUGUCACAGUUUGAGGCCAAGAACUGGCCAUCAUGCGCACUCAAUGAGUGCUUAACGUUUAUUUCACAAGGAGCUUUGACUGGUGAUGCCAAUUGGGAUAAAAAGGUCUGGAUCUGGUUGUCCCAACUGAAGGCUUGGCAUGACUUUUCUUGGGUCAUACCACCACUAUCAUCCUCGGCCACCGUUGAUGACGAUGUUUCUUGGCUCAGCCCACCUGUCUCAUCUUCCAAUCUCAAGCGCGGUAUCAAUGUAAAAAAAUUUGCAUGUUCUUUGAAUGUAGAUGUUUCAAGUGAUGAUCAAGAAAGUCCGACUCCUAGAAUCUUGGAGAGAGGGAAAGGAAAGGAAUGGAAAGAAAUUCGUAAUGGUACAAACUCUCACAACAAACGCAAAAGAUCAAAUAAAAGCCCCACCCCCAGUACUUCGAAGUAUCCUAAAAUUGAUUUAACUCACAAUUAUCCAAAUAUUGAUGAUAUCGACUCUUCAAUUGAGAUUGUCACGUCCAAAAAAACUUAA